ACAAAGAAUCAGAAACCUCUAGUGAAGAAACUACAAGUGAUGAAAUCGCACCCUUAUUAGAUAAUACUAAUCAAACACUAAGUAAUGUUUCCACCUCCUCUACAAAUAAUCGAGCACCCGUUAGAGAUUACCGUUUAUCAACUCCUGAUAGAUGUAAAAGAUGUAAAUUAUGUAAACAAACGUUUGGCAACCUGACUGCAAUAUUGACUAUUAAUCAGCAUUUUCAAAACUUCCAUCCUGCAGAGUUUACUAAAAUUAAACAACUCGUUGACCAACAAGAAUUAAAACAAAUAUUUGAAAUAAAAAAUCAACCAUUUUUAAUGCCUCAAGCUGAUGUAAAUACCAGAUGGAAUAGCAUGUAUAUUUUAUUAGAAAAACUUCAACGAAUUCGCCCUAUAACCGAUAUUCUUGUUAACCUGUUAGCUCUUCUUGAACCUAUGUAUUAUACAACCAUAAUUCUGUCUUCGCCAACACUUCCAACCCAAGAUGACUUGCGCUUGAUAUUUCGUGGUCUUAUUAUACAUUUAAAUAAUAAUGAAAACCCAGUGAUCAAUACACAACAUGCUGUAGCUAAUGCGAUGAAA